UUUUAUGAGACAUUUCGGAAAAAAAAUCAAGGAAUAAUCCUGAAGAAGUUUCUUGAUCCUUGAAGGCAUUUCUGAAGGUCAUCCUUGAGAAAUUUCUGUAUUAAAUCAUGAAGAAGUUGCUGAAAGAAUCCUUAAAAAAAAUCUUCGGAGAAAUGCUCGGAUGAAUUUGCAGACAAAGGGUACUAGAAGAACUCUUGAAAUCUCCUAAUGAAUCUUUGAAGGAUGAUUUGGAAUAAACCCUGAAAGAAUUUUUGGACAUACCUCUGGAUUUUGGAAAGAAUUACUUACGCAAUAUCUGAAUUAUAUUAGUAAAUGGAAUUCCCUGAUGCAAUUUCCCUAGAGGAAGUUGUAUACUUGAAGGUAUCGUAAAAAAAUCUAUAAAUAUGUGUUUUUUAAGGAAUCUCUGAAACAAUGCGUGGAAAACUUGUGAAUACUGUGCAGUAAUUCCAAGAAAAAAAAUCUUGAGAUAUUCCUGGAUAAACAUUAAGAAAUAAAUAAAUCCUAAUAUGAUUUCUAAAGAAACUCCUGAACUAAUCUCUGAAGGGAUUUUUUGGGGGUCUCCGGAAAAGAAUCUGUAAGAAUCCCUGAAGGAAGGUUUCUAAAAAUCUCUAAAGAAGCUUACGAUCCCACUUGUGGAUGAAUAUCUGAGGAUCUUCUAGGAAGUCCCCUGGAGGAACUCCUCAAAUAUUCUCUCUUAAAUUAAUAGAAUAAUUCUUAUGAGGAUAAUUUUUAUUGAAACUUCUGAUUUACAUACGUUCAAACCUUUCACACAAAAUAGAUGCAAAUUGUAAUAUUGUUACAAGAAAUAAAUGAUUCUGGAUUGACGUUUUUCAAUGGCUAAAAAAUUCACUUCAUUAAAACAUAUAAUAAAAUAUUUGGUCCCGCCGAUUACGCCGCCGCCGCCGCCGCCGAAUAGGACGUACGGCGUGACGCCGGCGUCGCCGCCGCCGCUGCCUGAUUUUGGUAUACACGCCGCCGCCGGUGGAAACUGCAUCGGCGCACACGUCUAGUUUGGAAGUACCAUUUACAAUGUCGGGAAAAUAUCGACUACGACCCAAUGUCAACGAACAGCCAUUUAUGGGUUUUUGUGAGCAGGAAAAAUUUGGUGGUGGAUGGCUCGUAAUUCAGCAUCGUUUCGAUGGAUCGGUUGAUUUCUACCGCAACUGGACGGACUAUAAGAAUGGAUUUGGAGAAAUUGAUGGUGAGUUCUGGAUAGGGCUCGAAAGGCUGUACAAGUUGACGAAGGAUAAAAAUGUGACUCUGAUGGUGGAAAUCGAAGACUAUGAUGGCAAUUAUGGUUAUGCUAGAUAUGAUGAAUUUGAAAUUGGUGAUGAAGAUGCGAAGUAUGUGCUCAAACGAAUAAGCGGGCAUUCAGGGACUAUGGGAGAUUCGAUGAUAUUUUUGGACAGGGGGCGCAUGUUUACAACGCGUGAUAGUGAUAAUGAUAUAAACAGCAGUGAAAAUUGUGCACAAACGAAUAAGGGAGCUUGGUGGUAUCAUGAUUGUAGCCUUACUUUUUUGGUAUCUUUUCUUUUAGUAAUCCAAACGGGCCAUACCACGCAGAAGGACCAUUGAGGAGAAUUUUCUGGUUUUAUCACAGAAGCGGAGUUCCGUUGAAGUUCUUCAGAAUGAUGAUCAAAUAAACACAAUUUUACAAAAAUAGUGCACAGCUAUUGUAGUUCAUUCCUUAUAUCAAAUAAACCCUGCUGUAACAAAAUCACCUCCAUCUCUUUCAGCACAUUUUAUCAGAUUGUAAAAUUACAGGUUGUCUGCAGUGUGGAGCUUGCCUACAACUUUGCGUGCAAGAAAUUGUUUUAUGUGAAAUCGAAUAAAAUGAAAUGGAAAUUUAAACUUUCUAAUAUUUAUGUCAAGUGUAGAUUUCAGAAUUCAUUUCUGUGUAUCCCUGGCAAUCUUUGUCUUACCUACUGCAUUUUUAAAACGUUGCUCGCGCACAACACGAACGGUGUGCAACGUUUCAACCCUGGUUUGUGCAGUCGCCGUUCCCACUCUGCUGUUGACCCUGUUUCCAUAGGCGAUUCCCAACAAAUCCAUCCGAUCCAACCCCGCGUAUCGCACAUACAACUAACCUCGAGUCGCCACGAGUAUUUCGGCCAUCCACACUAACAAACCCCAUAGGGCCCAUAUAGCCAAGGCGGUAAACGCACGGGUAUUCAGCAUGACCAUGCUGAGGGUGACGGGUUCGAUUCCCGGUCGGUCCAGGAUCUUUUCGUAAAGGAAAUUUCCUUGACUUCCUUCGGCAUAGGGUAUCUUCGUGCCUGCCACACGAUAUACGCAUGCAAAAUGGUCAUUGGCAGAGGAAGCUCUCAGUUAAUAACUGUGGAAGUGCUCAUAGUACACUAAGCUGAGAAGCAGGCUUUGUCCCAAUGAGGACGUUAUGCCAAGAAGAGAGAG